UCUGCCUCCACCUGCCGAUGGUUAAACAGAAAUAUGGAGCGAAGGACCCGUCCGUGCUUUCCAGUGACGCGCACAACGUUCUGUCGCGCUCCUCCACCACACCAUGGAACGUCUCGAGCGCUGCCCAACCUGCCUCACCCACAGGUAUGCACCUCGCGCUCAACUCUGAAGACGUUUGUCAACAAACGCAGCUAUUUGGUGCCUUUGUUUAUUUUUUCCAGGCGAAGGGAGAUAUUUUCAAACAAAAUAUCGGCAAAGAGUAGUGGCUGAACAUCGUUGAGAAGUUCACAUUGAAGAGGAACUGAUCUAAAGCUUGACCAUGGCCACAAUUGGGGACUUCGACCCGCUCAACUCCACCGUACCUGCGACGAAAAUUGAACUUACUGUCUCGUGCAGGAACCUGCUGGACAUGGACACCUUCUCCAAAUCAGACCCUGUUGUGGUUUUGUACGUUCAAGGCAUCGGGACAAAGGAGUGGAGAGAGUUUGGCCGAACUGAAGUGAUCGAUAACACCCUGAACCCGGACUUUGUUCGGAAGUUUGUCCUGGAUUUCUUCUUCGAGGAGAAGCAGAAUCUUCGCUUUGAUGUGUACAAUGUGGACACCAGAAGUUCAAACAUUUCAAAACAUGACUUCCUGGGCCAGAUGUUCUGCACUCUGGGGGAGAUCAUUGGGUCCACAGGCAGUCGGCUGGAGAGAACCCUGUCUGGGAUCCCAGGGAAGAAGUGUGGGAACAUCAUAUUCACCGCUGAGGAACUGAGUAACUGCAGGGACAUUGCCACUAUGCAGUUGUGUGCCAACAAGCUGGACAAAAAAGACUUCUUUGGCAAGUCAGAUCCCUUCCUGGUCUUCUACCGCAGCAAUGAAGACGGAACGUUCACCAUCUGCCAUAAGACAGAGGUAAUAAAGAAUACUCUGAACCCUGUUUGGCAGCCCUUCACCAUCCCUGUACGAGCACUCUGUAACGGAGACUAUGAUAGGACGGUCAAGGUGGAUGUGUAUGAUUGGGACCGAAAUGGAAGUCAUGACUUCAUUGGCGAGUUCACCACCAGCUACAGAGAAUUCUCCAGAGGCCAGAGCCAGUUCAACGUCUAUGAGGUUCUAAACCAUAAAAAGAAAGGCAAGAAGAAGAAAUACGUCAAUUCAGGGACAGUGACACUGCUGUCCUUCAAAGUGGAGUCAGAAUACACGUUUGUGGACUUCAUCCGGGGAGGGACGCAACUCAACUUCACAGUGGCCAUCGAUUUCACAGCGUCUAAUGGUAACCCAUCCCAGCCCACCUCUCUGCACUACAUGAGUCCCUACCAGAUGAAUGCCUACGCCAUGGCCCUGAAGGCUGUGGGGGAGAUCAUCCAGGACUACGACAGUGACAAGAUGUUCCCCGCCUACGGCUUCGGAGCCAAGCUGCCACCGGACGGCAAGAUCUCCCAUGUCUUCCCACUGAACUCCAACAGUGAGAACCCUAACUGUGUGGGGAUCGAGGGAGUGUUGGAGGCGUACUUCCAGAGUCUCCGCACCGUUCAGCUCUACGGACCCACCAACUUCGCUCCUGUCAUCAACCAGGUGGCACGGUGUGCUGAGGAUGUAACUGACGGAUCCCAGUACUUUGUGCUGUUGAUGAUCACAGACGGAGUCAUCUCAGACAUGGUGCAGACCAAGGAGGCUGUGGUCAAUGCUGCCGCUCUGCCCAUGUCUAUCAUCAUAGUGGGAGUAGGCCCUGCUGAGUUUGACGCGAUGGAGGAACUGGACGGUGAUGAGGUCAGAGUGUCCUCUAAGGGGCGCAUUGCUGAGCGAGAUAUAGUCCAGUUUGUGCCGUUCCGGGACUAUAUUGACCGCCAGGGCAACCAGGUGCUGAGCAUGGCACGGCUGGCCAAGGACGUGUUGGCAGAGAUCCCCGAGCAGCUGCUGGGUUUCAUGAAAACGAGAGACAUCGAGCCGCAGCCUGCCCUGCCCACCUCCUCCACCACCACUACCGCCCCUCUAGGACUCAACAACCUGUGCAUCUGAAAGUGGGGGUUGGGUGGGGUGGAGUC